GUAUUUCCCCUCAAGCCCAUCUGGCUCACUGGCAGGGUUUGUUUACUGGCGGAGAGAGGCUGGGAAGAAGGGGGAUCCUACAGGACCUGAGAGACUGUACAAUCUACCUCUGUGUGUGGAAGAAGAAGAAAAGGAAAAAAAAUAAAUAAAAAUAAGUAGAAACUUUUAUUUUUUCCAGCUACUUUUCUCUAAGUCAGAUACACGUUUUUAAUUGUGGGAGCAGUCAGCUGUGUGGAGCAUAAAAACUUGGACUUCUAUGUGUUUUUUUUAAUUUCCAAACACACCAAAAAAAAAAAAAGAAAAAAAAGAGUGGAGUGCUGUUGAGCCACGACGAAGUCCCCGACUGUCUGUCAGCGUCCAGAGAGCGGAGGUCUCUCAAAUCUCUGCACUGACUGAAGAGGACUUAUUAUUAUUUUUUUAUGUUUUUGUUUUGGAGCUAGACGUGGGGGGAAAAAAUAAGCGUUUUGUGCUCGUUGGAGGAUUUGAAGGGAUUUUUUUUUUUAAAUAUAUUUUACGAAAGACACGUUAACGUUACGCCACGCAUGCCACAACCAUCGAGUCAGCAAGCAAGCUGAAAAAAAAAAAAAUUAAGUUAAGCGUCGCUUUUAUCGCGAUGUAAACGCAUGCAACUUGCUUAUUAUUAUUUUUUUUGUUUUGUUUUAUAUAAAGAAUACGCAGCGUAAAUGUGCGGGUUUAUCGUGAGGUUUCUUCAAGUUUAAAUUUAAUUGAGUGGUUUGCUUUAAAAAAAAAAAAAAAAAAAAAAAAAAAAAACUUCACUUGUGGCCUGGGCUCGAGCGCUGGAGCCAGGCUAGCUCGGAGCUAGUUAGUUAGCCCAACUGCCGUUUUUUGUGCUAUCAGCUCGGGACAACAAGUCUGCGUUUCUUCCUCUUCUUCUGGGACAAAACAGAACUGGACCAGCUUUAUUAACCAACACAACAACAACAACAACAAAAAAAAGGUUGUGUCCCGUGGUGUUGUUUUAUUAAACGUGCUUUUCCAACGCGGAGGCUAAGUUUAGCCGCAGCAGCAGCGUUAGCCUGUGUUUGACUGAACACGUUGGACUCGUUCCUCCGCCCAUCUUCCGGGAUGUCUUUUAUUUAUUUUUGUUUACCUGUUGGCCCACGCCGCAAAACAAAACCAGUUUCCUGAAGGAAGGCAUUUCUUCUUGCACCAGUUUGAGCAGCAGGCCCUCCCUUUCUUUUUUCUUUUUUGUGUGUGCCAAGGAUUAUUUCUGCAUUUGAUACCCGGGAAUAGUGCUGGAUGGUGUCUUAUCCCGAGUCAGUUAUGUGGCUCCGGACUUUGUGUUUUGUUUUGACCGCUUGCUGCUUAAUGAUGAGCUGUCACCGAGCGAGUGGAGAGGUUUGUCCAAGCAAGGACAUCCGGAACAAUGUGACCAACCUGCAGACACUUGAGAACUGCACUGUGAUCGAAGGCCACCUGAAGAUCUUACUCAUGUUCAGGACCAAGCCCGAAGAUUUCAGAGGCCUCAGUUUCCCCAAACUGAUAGUGGUCACUGACUACCUGUUGCUCUUCCGAGUUUACGGCCUGGAGAGCCUCAGCGACCUCUUCCCGAACCUAACUGUGAUCAGAGGCAACAAUCUGUUCUUCAACUACGCCCUGGUGAUGUUUGAGAUGCUCCAGCUGCGAGAGAUCGGCCUCCAUAGCUUGAUGAACAUCACCCGAGGAGCCGUGAGAAUCGAGAAGAACCCUGAUCUCUGCUAUCUUUCCACCCUGGACUGGUCCAAAAUCCUGGACUCGGUUGAGGACAACUACAUCGUGGCUAACAAGAACGACAGAGAGUGUGGAGACGUGUGCCCGGGGGCGGCCGUCGGAAAGACCACCUGCCAGACUACCACCAUCAAUGGGCACUUCAGCGAGCGCUGCUGGACUCAGAACCAGUGUCAAAGAAUGUGCCCUGUUCAGUGUAAACAUCGAGCCUGCACCAAGGACGACCAGUGCUGCCACGACCAGUGCCUGGGCGGCUGCCUGAAGCCCAACUCGGCCAGUCACUGCGUGGCCUGCCGUGGCCUCCAGCACGGGGACAACUGUGUGGAGCGCUGCCCCGAAAACCACUUCACCUACAAGGGUUGGCGCUGCGUCUCCUUUGCCUUCUGCCAGGAUCUCCACAACAGAUGCAAGCGGGAGAAGGAACACAGCAAGAGCCCCGACUGCCACGAGUACGUCAUCCACAACGGUGCCUGCAUCCAAGAGUGUCCCUCUGGCUACACGACUGUCAACUCCUCCUCGCUGAACUGCACUCCCUGUGCAGGGCUUUGUCCCAAGGUAUGUAUGGGUCUGAAGACGGUGGACUCUGUCACUGCUGCUCAGGCCUUGAGAGGCUGCACCGUUCUCAACGGGAGCCUGGUCAUCAAUCUUCGUGGAGGAAACAACAUAGCAGCUGAACUGGAGGCCAGCCUGGGCCAGCUGGAGGAGAUCACUGGCUACCUGACAGUGCGACGUUCCUACGCCCUCGUGUCCCUCUCAUUUUUCCGCAAACUCCGUGUUAUUCGUGGAGAGGAGCAGGAAAUCGGGAAUUACUCAUUCUAUGCCCUGGACAACCAGAACCUGCGGCAGCUCUGGGAUUGGUCCAAACACAAGCUGACCAUCCUGCAGGGACGCAUGUUUUUCCACUACAACUCCAAACUCUGCAUGUCUGAGAUCCGCAAGAUGGAGGGGGUGACGGGGACCAAAGAGCGGCAAGUCAAGAACGACAUCGCCUCCAAGACCAACGGAGACCAGGCCUCGUGUGAGAACCACGUGUUGAAGUUUACCAUGAUCCGAACCAUGAGCGAUAAAAUAAUGGUCAAGUGGGAAGCCUUCUGGCCUCCAGAUUUCAGAGACUUGCUGGGCUUCAUGGUGCUCUACAAAGAAGCACCGUUUAGGAACGUAACCGAGUUUGACGGUCAGGACGCCUGCGGCUCCAACAGCUGGGUGAUAGCUGAUGUGGACCCUCCACGCCGAUCCACAGAGGGGGACAAAGAGCAGUCUGAACCGGGUCACCUCAUCCUACCGCUGAAGCCCUGGACGCAGUACGCCAUCAUGGUGAAGACCCAGCUGUCAGCUUCUGAUGAACACCAGGUCCACGGAGCCAAGAGCGAGAUCAUCUAUGUUCGCACCAACGCCACCAAACCCUCCGUCCCGCUGGACCCUAUUUCCUCGUCCAACUCUUCCUCCCAGAUCAUCCUCAAGUGGAAACCUCCAAAUGACCCUAACGGCAAUGUCACUCACUACCUGGUCUUCUGCCAGCGUCAGCCCGAAGCCAUUGAGCUCUACAAGUUUGACUACUGUCAGAAAGGGAUGAAGUUGCCGUCACGGGUGCCCACUCAGGUGGACAGCGACGAGGAGCAGAAGUGGAACCAGACGGAGGAGCAGGGCCCGGGGACGCGAUGCUGCGCCUGCCCCAAAACUGACAAGGAGAUCAAGAAGGAGAUCGAGGACUCAGAGUACCGCAAAACCUUUGAGAAUUACCUCCACAAUGAAGUCUUUGAGAUCAAACGCUCGAGACAGCGCCGCGCCGUGAUGAGCAUCGCCAACAGAACGCACCCUUUCCUCACCACGGCUCCGAGCCCGCCCCACGGCACAGGCAUCCCCGAGGAUGAGGACGAGGAGACCUUCGAAAGCACAAAGACCGUGGUCACCGUCCACGCCAAGGAGUCCACCGUCAUCUCCAACCUGCGCCACUUCACCAGCUACCAGAUCGAGAUCCACGCCUGCAACCACCCGACCGACCCGGCGCGCUGCAGCAUGGCAGCGUACGUCAGCGCCCGCACGAUGCCCGAAGAUCAUUCCUCCACUGGGCUCAAACAUGACAAAGCUGAUGACAUCGCGAGUCCCAUCAAUUACGAGGUGACAGAAAACACAGUGCACAUCACGUGGCAGGAACCGGUCGCCCCUAAUGGUAUGAUCAUCCUGUACGAGGUCAACUACAAGAGACUGGGAGACACUGAGGAGCUGCACUACUGCGUGUCGAGGAACAUGUACAAAGUGACCCGCGGCUGCAAGCUGAAAGUGAUGCAUCCCGGGAACUACACGGUGAGGAUCCGUGCCACGUCGCUGGCUGGGAACGGAUCGUGGACCGAGCCUACGUACUUCUACGUACAGGACGCAAGCGAUCCGCUCUACAUAGUAAAGAUCGUCAUCGGACCAAUCAUCUGCUUUGUCCUGCUGCUGUUUGUGUCCGUGGCAGGAUUCGUCAUGUUCAAGAAGAAUCAAACUCAAGGACCAAGCGGUCCCAUCUACGCCUCUUCAAACCCAGAGUACCUCAGUGCUAAUGAUGUGUACGAGGAGGACGAGUGGGAGGUGCCCAGAGACAAGAUCAACAUUUUGAGGGAACUGGGUCAGGGCUCCUUCGGUAUGGUCUACGAGGGCAUUGCCAAGGACAUCAUCAAGGGCGAGGGGGACACACAUGUAGCAGUGAAGACUGUGAACGAGUCAGCCAGCCUGAGAGAGAGAAUCGAGUUCCUGAACGAGGCCUCCGUCAUGAAGGCCUUCAGCUGCCACCAUGUGGUGCGUCUGCUGGGCGUUGUGUCCAAAGGCCAGCCUACCCUGGUGGUGAUGGAGCUGAUGACCCACGGAGACUUGAAGAGCUACCUGCGCUCUCUGCGACCUGACGCCGAGAACAACCCCGGGCGUCCACCGCCAACUCUGAAGGAGAUGAUCCAAAUGGCGGCUGAGAUCGCAGACGGCAUGGCUUACCUUAAUGCCAAGAAGUUUGUCCACAGAGACCUGGCAGCCAGAAACUGCAUGGUAGCUCACGACCUCACCGUCAAAAUAGGAGACUUUGGUAUGACCAGAGACAUCUACGAGACCGACUACUACAGGAAGGGAGGGAAGGGGCUGCUGCCCGUCAGGUGGAUGGCACCGGAGUCUCUGAAGGACGGAGUCUUCACCGCACAUUCAGACUGUUGGUCGUUUGGGGUUGUGCUGUGGGAGAUCAGCACGCUAGCCGAGCAGCCGUACCAAGGCCUGUCCAAUGAGCAGGUCCUCAAGUUUGUCAUGGACGGAGGCUACCUGGACCGUCCGGACAACUGCGCUGACAGACUGCACAACCUGAUGCAGAUGUGUUGGCAGUACAACCCCAAGAUGCGUCCCACCUUCCAGGAGAUCAUCGAGAUGCUACGCGAGGACCUGCAUCCCACCUUCCAGGAGGUCUCCUUCUUCUACAGUGAGGAGAACAAGCCGCCCGAGACCGAAGACUUUGACCUGGAUAUGGAAAACAUGGAGAGCAUCCCGCUCGACCCGUCGUCCUACUCCCAGAGGGAGCAGUGUUUGGACAGGGACGAGGCCUCCUCCAUGGGCCUGAGGGGCAGUUACGAGGAGCACCACAUCCCGUUCACACACAUGAACGGGGGAAAGACCAAUGGACGAAUACUGGCACUACCGCGGUCCAGCCCCUCCUAACAGACUGUACACAAACUCCCCCGCGCCCUCCGCAAACGUGUCGAUGCUAUAGAUUUAAAUAUAUUUUUGUUUUUGGUUGUCAUUUUAUAUAGAUCACACUUUUAUCACUCUCUCUUCAGACGCCCAUCAGUGCAUAUCUCAGGACCUUAUUUUCUCUCCUCACAUGCCACAAACACACACUACAGCGAGUCCACAUAUGGAUGCCAGAAGACACUUUUUGUAUUUAAGGAUGAACCUCCCGCGUCUCUCUUGUUUAUGAUUGUAGUUUAUAUACUGUAUAUAUGUUGCCAAGUUCGUGCUAGACUGGGUGGAUAAUGGAUUCAACUGUGAAAAACAAACUCUUGACAAACGAGAAGGCUGCUAAACCCACUGUCCCUCCUCCUCCUCCCCGAGUCCAGACUGUGUCUCCCUCUCUCCCCCCCUUUAAUUCAACAAAAGGGUUCAUGCUAUGUUUUGGAAAAAAAAAAAAAAAGAAGAAAAAAAAGAAAAAGUGCUCUUCUAUUUUGUCUGUGGCCUACAUCAGUUGUCAUGGAACUGUGUCCGAAUCUUUGUACGCGAAAAAAGUAGAUGACGAACUGAAAACGAAAAGACUUUUUUUGGGGGGAACUCUCUGUUGGACGGUCGAAGACGGUCCAGCGUCGAACAAACUCUGAUCCACUGGAGAAGCUGGUUGAAGUGGCUUACCUCCUCUCACUCUGCAGUAUUCCAAAAUGGCACACAGGAUGAACACAGGACUUUUGUUGGGUUAUAUUUUUAAAUUUUAUUUACGUGUCUUUCUUUUUCUUUUUUCCCUUUUCUUUUUUUUUUUUUUGAGUUUUCACAUUUACAGCUGAAGGAUAUUUAAACCGUUUUCAAAAACAUGUUGGUGAACGAGUUCCUCAGAUUGACCAAUAGCUGCUUCUUUGGUAUAUUUUAGUGGGUAUAGAAGAUUAAAAAAAUAUAUAUAAAUAUAUAUAUAUUAUAAAUAUAUUAUUGAUGUUUUUUUGUACAUAGCUAAUAUGUUGUCAUUCUUGAGGUAUUUCCGGUCAUAGAAAAUGUUUUUACAUGUUAGUCUCUUAUGUUUAUUUUUUCUAAUCCAGAAAAUCAUACUAAUUAGCUUCUUUUUUUUUUUUUGGACUCAUGAUCAACCAACAGCACUUGGUCUUUUUUUGCUAUGCGAUGCCCCAGAGAAAGAGUGUUUUGGCGUCUUCAGCUUCAAGAUGUCUGCCCCAUCAUAUCAAGAUCAAAUAAAAUAGUGCUGUAAAUAAUGCAGCAAGGUGCAUUCAU